AUGGAAACAUUACCAAAGUUAUUGGAGAAGAGAACACAGAGACAAUCAGGUAAUUGAGAGUUGAAUUUUAGAAAUCUAGAGAAGUCUAUCUUGGCAGAAACCAAGGAACAAGACGCCACUAGAUGUCAGAGCAUUCUUAAUAAAUUUUCCCCAGAGAAAUGAGAAAUUGAGCCAUUGGAUUCAGACUCUGGAGAAAUUUCAAAGAAUAGUGAACUUUGAAUUUAUUUCAGCAUAUUUAGAGAUGCCAAACUUGUGCAAAGUUUGAAGCAUCUCAAGUUCUUAGAUCUAAAUUGGUUUAGUUUUAAUAAUGUUGAUUCUAAAAAUAUGCAUUUAGUAGAUUUCUUAGAAUCCUCAUUCCCAAAUAAAACUAAUGCGUUAUGUUUUUGGUCCAAGAACGGAAUGGAUCUGAAUAGGUCCAAUUACUUAAACCCACUGAUCAAUCUCAGUUCUAAAGUCAGCCAAAAGUGUCAUUUCAAUCUUUCACCAUUGGCUUUCCCUCACUGAAGAGACUGGUGGCAGCUUACAAACAUGUCAUAGUGUUAAAGCUGCUCGGUUGCAAGUUAUCAAUUCCAACUGUACCUGAUUUUUCAAAGGUUCUUACAAAUUGCCAACUCCAAGAGAUAGAUUUAUAUUGGUCAGGAGACUCUGAUCGAAGCGACUGGAAAACAACUUUGGCCAAUUCAAGAACUUAGUGCAAGGAUUAGCAAGUUCUCCAGAUUUAAGAGCGAGUCUCAAAAAGGUAUAUAUUAACGAAUGUGGAGUAAAAUAAUGUGAAACUGAACAAGGUUUUGGAGAAAACUGACAAGGAGAAGUUGAAAUA